CUAUUUCUACGUCACUUAACGUCGUCACAGGCGGCGUAAUUUACCACAAAAUCACCGUAAUUCCCUCAAUUACUCGAUAUUACACAAUGUAAACAUGUUCCAAACGAAUCGCAGAAAAUUCCUUACAACUGUCAGACUCACUUUGAAAAUUCGCCUUUUGAAAAACCGGAAGUUAUUAGAAUAGUGCUGCUUUUACCGCUUCUUAUUGUAUUUGAUAUUGACCAAUCACAAAGCAGCAUUUUAAAUAGGUGAAAGACCUUUGUUUUGUUUGACGCUUUUGACAGCAAAUCGUGUGUUUUUUGACAAUAUUUUCAUAAUGGGUUAUGAGAGUUGCAUGUUUAUAUUUAUUGCGAUGUGUAAAUGUAAUCCCUGUGAUACUAACACCGAAUUUAAGUAAUAUCCGUAUGGAUGUUUUAUUAAUAGUGUAGGGAUUUGUACUACAAAAUGUCUUCAUCAAGAAAUGAUUUUCCUUUGGAAGCCCUAAAUAUACACGGGCCCACCUUCCUUAAACAUGCCUUAACUAGUUGCACUGAUCCGCUGAAAGCCAUUGAAGAGUUUCAGGUCACAAAUGGGAUACUUUUACCCUCAUUACGUCCAAUGCUUCCAUUACUUGAUCUACAUGGAGUGAGAAGAUUGGAUUUUCACAUGUCAGUUGUAGAGGAACUCCGAGAGAAACUAAUCGCACACAUCAAUGAAAUCGGCAAACAAGAAGGACGUGAAAGGGACAGAAAAUUGAAAGAUUUACUCGUAAAAAGUUUCCCUGUAGUUAAAGUGAAGGCUUUAAGGCCGAUAGUGAUGGCAAUUUUGAAAAAUACACCACAAAUAGACGAUAGCUAUUUGAAAAUAUUAGUUAGAGAUCGGGAAUUGUACAAUGACACUGAUACGGAAGUCAAACGGCAGAUAUGGAAGGAUAAUCAGUCGCUUUUCGGAGAUGAAGUUUCACCUCUUUUGAGUCAGUAUAUCAGCGAAAAAGAAAACGUAUUAUUUGAUCACACCAACAUAAGCACUCAGUUCUUCGGACCAUCACCUAAGGUGCGACGUCAAGGGGAAGUCGUCCAGAAAUUGGCACACAUGAUUGGAAACAGUGUUAAAUUAUACGAUAUGGUGCUCCAGUUUCUUCGUACUUUAUUUUUACGAACCCGGAAUGUGCAUUACUGUACUUUGAGGGCCGAAUUAUUAAUGGCCUUACACGAUUUGGAAGUUCAAGAUAUAAUUUCGAUAGAUCCAUGCCAUAAAUUUACGUGGUGCCUUGAUGCCUGCAUUAGAGAAAAAAAUGUGGAUAUUAAACGCUCAAGGGAGUUGCAAGGGUUUUUGGAUAACGUUAAAAGGGGCCAAGAACAGGUUCUAGGCGAUUUGUCAAUGACUUUAUGUGAUCCUUACGCCAUUAAUUUUUUGGCUACGUCGGCCAUAAAGAUUUUACAUCAUCUAAUUUACGUAGAAGGGAUGCCAAGGGAUAACACGAUUUUAAUUUUGCUUUUGCGAAUGUUGGCUUUGGGACUAAGUGCCUGGGUAAUGAUUGACUCUCAAGACUUCAAAGAACCCAAAUUAGACAGUCAAGUCGUAACAAAAUUUUUACCAGCAUUAAUGUCGCUAAUGGUCGACGACCAAGUGAGGCAGCUGUCGGGCAAAUUGCCUCCAGAUGAACGCGAGGCUGCCAUUACAGUUAUAGAACAUUCGGGUCCUCUGCCAGAUGCAGUGGAAGCCUACAUUCAAGACAGUUCGGUGGCUAGUAUUCUAGCUAUGUACUACACCCUAAACGUGGCUCGGCUUAAAGACAGAGUAGGGCUGUUAAGAGUUUUGACAGUUUUGGCAAACUGUAAAGACGAUCGGGCGUUUGAGGACCCGUUUCUGCACUCUCUCGUCAUUUUUCUUAUUCACAAUCCAGAAGAGUUCCAAGCUGAGGAUUUUUGUACUGUUCUUUUCGACGAAUUCUUUUUCGCUGGAUUGUCGAGAGAGAACGUGACGAGACAUUUACUCAAAUUACUUUGGUAUGUACAUUCCCGAUUACCGGCCAGUCGUUUACACACGUUAAUGAAAGCGCUGCAACCGACUCACCAACACAGCGAAAAAGUUCACAGUUUAUACGAAAUGCUUCAGACUAAAGUUAAUUCGCAAGAAGAAACUGCUGUACCUCUUGAAAUGGAUAUUGACCUCAAUUCACCCCUAAUGAGUGUGCCAACACCUGCUCCAUAUCAUCAUACUUUAUGAAAGAAUACAACGGUAUUUUAUAAUUUUUUAGAAUGUUAUUAAUAAUUUCGAUUAUUAAAGAUUAACAAUGUUUUUUUCCUA